AUGUCUAAAGUCCAAAGGCUGAGAGCUUUGGUGGAGGAGCGGCUGACUGCGGCUGCUGAAGACAUAUAUGUGCUGUUUGAAAGAAUCAUAGCCGAGUAUGAGGAGGAACUGUGUCGCUCCAAACAGGAGAACGAGAGGAACCAACGGCUCCUGGACUCGACUCUGAGCCCGAGAGUCGUGCUGAUCAGAGCCGGUGUCCACAUGUCCUCUCUGAGUCCUGGUCUCACUCUGAAACAGGAAAUCCCAGAGACUCCACAGAUUAAAGAGGAGCCAGAAGAACAGCAUGUCAAACAGGAGGAAGAGGAGCUGCAAGUGUCUGUCCCUGGGGCCAAUGAUGGCUGUGUGAAGACAGAAGAGUCCUCACUGCUUCAGCAAAAAGAAACUGAUCACAGAGAGGACAUCAACUCAGAGAUACAUGUCCACGGAGAGGACACACAGGGAGAGGACAUCAGCUCAGAGACAGAUGUCCGCAGAGAGGACUCACAGGGAGAGAAUAUAAGCUCAGAGACACAUGUCCACAGAGAGGACACACAGGGAGAGGACAUCAGCUCAGAGACACAUGUCCACCCCGAGACUGAGGGAGACACGGAGCACUCUUCUGACACUGACAAUGAUGAAGACUGGAGUGCUCCAAUCGGCUCUUCAGCUGCACAGAUGGAGACAGAGGCAGAUGGAGACCACUACAGCCAAGUCCAGAGCAGAGCCAAAAGCACCACUGCACCAAACUCAAGUCAAUCCCCCAAAUACAAGUCUGCACCAGAGACCAGAGCCACUGUGGACAAUGGGGACAUGUCAGGAACAGCCGAAGGAACUGCAGACAAGAAACACCAGUCCUCUGUCCGUAAAAAGAGAUUUGGCCUAAAAGGUGAUUUAAAAAAACACUUUAGUAUUCACACAGGAGACAAGCCUUACAGCUGUUCUCUCUGUGAGAAAGCAUUUACUUACAAGAAUAGUCUCACAUACCACAUGAGAACACACACAGAAGACAAGCCUUACAGUUGUUCUGUCUGUGAGAAAGCAUUUACUCACAAGAGUAGUCUUAAAUACCACAAGGGAACACACACAGGACACGAAUCUUUCAGCUGUUCUGUCUGUGAGAACACAUUUACUCAAAAGAGCAAUCUCAGAUACCACAUGGGAAGACACGCAGGAGAGAAACCUUACAGCUGUUCUCUCUGUGAGAAAGCAUUUUCUCAUAAGUGUGAUCUCACAAAACACAUAAGAAUACACACAGGCGACAAACCAUACAGCUGUUCUGUCUGUGAGUACACGUUUAUUCAAAAGAGUAAUCUCACAAGACACAUGAGAACACACACAGGCGACAAACCUUACAGCUGUUCUCUCUGUGAGAAAGCAUUUACUCAUAAGUGUUAUCUCACAAGCCACAUGAGAAUACACACAGGAGAGAAACCUUACAGAUGUUCUCUCUGUGAGAAAGCAUUUACUCUAAAGUGUUAUCUCACAAAACACAUGAAAAAACACACAAGAGACAAAUCUUAGAGCUGCUCUGUCUGUAAUAAACGAUUUGCUCAGAGCAGAAAUUUGAAGUAACAUGAGAAGUCACACAGGAGAGAUAUAGGUUGAACAGAGUCUGACACAAGGUUUUUUUGCUGUGUUUAUGUGUUACAACAACAGCCAGUAGUUGCCAUUUGAAGAUUAAGAAUAAAAAUAAACAUUUAUGCUUAAUACUUCCAGUUGAGUGAACGCUUGCGCGUUUUUGCUGCCGCUGCUUGCUGGGCAAAUUAAACAUUUUUACUUAAUCGGAUUGUGAUUGACCUGUGAAUAUAGGGCUAUCUGCUAAAUGCCCUAUAUCUGCAUGAGACGUCUGCUGUCUGCUGCAUAUGUGAGUGUCUUUGGACCUUGGCUUACCUGGGACUUGCUUCUCAAUCACAUCUGGCUCCUGUCUCUCCGACUCACUCAUCUGGGCAGCUAUGUGGAUUAAUAAAAUAGUCCAUUGGAUUGCUGUCAGCUGGCUCCUAAUGUCCCUGGUCCAUUUACAAACAAAAGCACUUCUCCAGUAUUCUGCUGGUGAACUUUUAAAACUCCGGCAUUAUGUCACCGCUCCAUGGCCCCCACCUGGGCUAAACCUGCCCACAGACAUAGCCUACCAGCCUCGCGGGAGGUAUAUCCGCCGUAGGCCCAUCCAUCGGGGCUCGCGUCGGAACUUUGAGUAUGAUAACUCUACAUCUAUCCCGUCGUUUUGGUCCACUGCUCGCUGCACAAAGAGAAACACCAGUCGCCGUGCUGAGCGUGUCCUGGCAGGCGUCCCGAGGGCAGCUAACACGGCUAGCACAACCAUCGUCAACUUUGGUCUUCUCAACACCCGCUCUCUGACGAACAAGGGCCAUCUCAUCCAGGAUCUUCUGGUGGACCGUAAGUUAGACCUGUUGUGCUUGACGGAAACGUGGCAGCAACAAAAUGACUUUACUCAUCUUAAUGAUGCUACUCCUCCGGGGUUUGUUUAUUUUUCCCAACCUCGUGCUUCUGGUCGAGGGGGCGGUCUUGCGGUAUUGUACCGCGAGAGCUUGAGAGUAGUGCCCUGUGACUGUACCUGCCUGUCAGUCAUUUGAGGCCACCAUAUGCCAGCUCUCCGGACCCACUCCUACUAUCAUUGCCACUCUUUACUGACCACCAAAACCAAACAAGGAUUUUAUGUCUGAUUUUGCCGCUUUUUUAACACAUGUUUCCUCCCUUUCAUCAAAUAUCAUAUUACUAGGGGACCUCAAUAUUCAUUUGGACAUUGUCAAUAACUUACUCACUCAAGAUUUCACAUCUUGUUUGGACAGUUUUGGAUUAAAGCAGUUUGUUAAUUUUCCCACUCACUCUAAAGGACAUAUUCUAGAUGUAAUCUGCUGUUCAGGACUAUCACCCAUAGACUGUAAAGCCAACCAUAUCCCCUUCUCUGAUCACAUGCUCAUAACAUUUAAUAUCAUUCUGCCUCUUUCCAAACACAACACUUCACGGACCAUAGCAUUUCGGAAAAUUAAAGACAUAAAUCUGGACAUUCUAUCUUCUCAAAUCAGUAACCUUCCCUGUACAGACAGUCUUACAACUCCAGAUCAACUGCUCUCUUACUAUAACUCCCAAUUGCACAAUAUUCUCAACACACUUGCUCCACUGAAAUCCAGAUCUGUCUCAUUCACUCACUCUGCACCCUGGUACACCCCCACUCUCAGACAGUUAAAAGCAAAAGGCCGCCAACUUGAAAGACUUUACAAUAAAACUGGACUAACUAUUCAUAAAAACUUGUACACAAAUCACAUUCUCCACUAUAAGGACUGCAUUUCCAAAACCAAAUCCACUUACUACUCUGGUUUAAUCAGUUCAAAUGAAGGAAAUUCCAAGGCUCUUUUUUCUCUCAUCAGUGACAUCACUAAACCACCUGACUCUCUCCCAGCUCAUCUUUAUUCAUCUGACUUUUGCAAUACACUGGUUUCAUUCUUCACCACAAAAAUCCAACUUAUCCACCAACAGUUAACCCCGUCCUCUGGUAUAACUUUACCUUUCACUAUAUCUCCUCCUGCCUUUAUCUCUCCUUUGUCUUCAUUCACUCUGCCUUCUGUCAAUCAAAUCUCCAUCCUUAUUCAAAAAUCCAAAACUUCCUCCUGUCAGCUUGACCCUCUACCCACAGUCCUCGUUAAAGCUACUCUUCCAUCUCUGGCUCCUCUAAUCACUAACAUAAUCCAUGCUUCCCUCACCUCUGGAACAGUUCCCUCUCCUCUGAAAACUGCUGCUGUCACUCCUAUCCUCAAAAAACCUGGAUCUGAUCCCACUGACCUCAAUAAUUUCCGUCCCAUUUCUAAUCUCCCAUUCAUCUCAAAAAUCCUUGAAAAAACAAUUUCUGCAUCAGCGUUUCCUCAGCUGCAAACGCUGAUACAGUCUGUCUCCAUAUAUUAUCAAGAGAAGACCUAAAAUAACUCUUCCCUGUUCUACCGUACUAUAUUCUCAUGGUAAUGUAUUGUCUGUGCAGACAGCAGAAACAAACCUGAGGGUAAUUCUCACGGAGUUUAAACCAGCCCCAUCAAGAUAGUUCAGCUUCCAAGUCUGCAACACGUGGUCUACACUGACAGUGAGUUAUAUCAUAUCAGGAAAGAGUACUUUGAGUUCAAACGCACGGGACGAGAAAAGGACUGUAGGCUUUUAAAGGAGCUAAACUGCAGGCAGCAGCAGUGUAUGUUGAGAGCCCACAGUGAAAGGUAAGACAUGUCCCUGUGUUAUGGUCAAACAAUUUUAGUUUCAUCAGACCACAGGACAUGUCUCCAAAAAUGAAACUCGUUAUCCCUGUUUGCAUUUACUAAACUGAAAUCUGUCUUUUUUUCUUUUGGAGUAGAGUUUUCUUCCUGCAGAGCCUUUCAGUCCAUGUCGGUACAGUCCUCGUUUCACUGUGGAUAAUGACAAAACUCUUAUCAGCUUCAGCAGCAUCUUCACAAAGUAUUUUGCUUUUGUUCUUGGGUUGAUUUGUACAUUUUUGACCAAAACACGUUCAUGACUCGCUCUCCUCACACAUUCAUGCUCAG